UAAUAAGUUUGCAAAAUAAAAAAAAAAAUAGUAUAUAAUAGAAAAUAUUAUAUCUUUUCUAAAUAAAAUCAAGGUAUAAAAAUGGAUACUAUUCUUAUGGCUGUACCAAAAAAACGCACCUCUAAAUCAAAAAAACAAAAUCGUAACAAUGUUUGGAGGAAAAAAGCGUAUUGGGCCGCAGCAAAAGCUCUUUCUUAUGUUAAGAGUGAGUAUAUUUAUUCUGAGCUUGAGCUUUACGGUGAUGGUGAUUGGAAGAUAUUCCCUGCAGCUAAUUCAUCGGGAAGAAAACCCGAGGGUUUUCUUUCUUCCACAGCAUCCUCCAUAGCAGAGGAAGAGGAUAAGCGGGAACGAGAACAAAGAGGAUGAGAAGAAGUCCUCUGGCUCGACCCAAUUUUCACCACUAUUUUCGACCCCCCGAUUUUAUCGUGCCCAAAAAAGAAGAUUCCGAAAAUGAUAGACAAGAAGAUCCCGAAAAUGAUGAAUAAAUUAGAGGAAGUGGUGCACACCCUCCAAGAGGAGCAAUGGGAAUCUCUAGGGUCUCUUGGAGGUACUUGGAAAGAUGGUUGGGCAGAAGGGGCACGGUUCUAUAAUCCACUACAGCCCUUCUCUCUGACCUUCAAGAUGGGAAAUUUAUGAAUCAUUCCGUCAUCUUUUUUUCUUUCCCAAUAGAAAAGGAAAGUGCAUCAUUCUUUUUAAUAAUCCCGGCUCCCACAUUAAAUCUUGCUGGUAUGGUCGCUUUAUUCUAUGAAAGUUGCAUUUUAUUUUUCUAUGCCGAAGAUAAAUUCGAUCGAAACGUAGGAAUAUAUGGACCAUGAACAAAAAGAAAUGGAUCUCAUUCUUUUUUCUUACUCUAAAUGAAAUAAAUAUGAAUUUCGGAAUAUUUUUUUUUUUUUAUGAUCAAAAAUUUGUCCGUUCGCCCCUCUUUGAUUCCUAGAGAACAAAGAGGAUCUGUUGAAUCUCAAGUAUGUUAUUUAACCGGUCGAAUUAAAAGACUUACUGAACAUUUGGACCUACAUGGAAGAGACUACUCUUCCCAAAGAGGUUUGUGGAAAAUUGUGGGUAAACGUAAACGACUUCUGAUUUAUCUGUUCAAGAAAGACAGACUUCGUUACAAAAGUUUAAUCGGUCAAUUAGAUAUGCGUGGACCGCGUUAAUUUCGAACGAAAUUUUAAGAUCCAAUUAUGGUUUAUUAAAUUCCGGAUCCUAAUGAGUCAUUCUUUCUUUUGUUCUCAUUGAUUUUUGAAAAAACCGGGGAAGAGUUAUGAUUAUGGUUGCUAGGGAGAAAGACCUCAUGAUGGUAAGUAUGGGUCCUCAUCAUCCAUCAAUGCAUGGUGUUCUUCGACUGAUUGUUACUCUAGAUGGUGAAGAUGUUAUUGACUGUGAACCUGUAUUAGGUUAUUUACAUAGAGGGAUGGAAAAAAUUGCUGAGAACCGAACAAUUGUUCAAUAUCUCCCCUAUGUAACACGAUGGGAUUAUUUGGCUACUAUGUUCACAGAGGCGAUAACGGUUAAUGCGCCAGAAAAAUUGGAAAAUAUUCAAAUACCUAAAAGGGCUAGCUAUAUUAGAAUGAUUAUGCUAGAGUUAAGUCGUAUAGCUUCUCAUUUGUUAUGGCUUGGACCUUUCAUGGCUGAUAUUGGUGCGCAGACUCCUUUCUUUUAUAUUUUAAGAGAGAGGGAAAUGAUAUAUGAUUUAUUUGAAGCUGCCACGGGCAUGCGAAUGAUGCAUAAUUAUUUCCGCAUUGGAGGAGUAGCUGUAGAUUUACCCUACGGUUGGAUAGAUAAAUGCUUAGAUUUUUGCUAUUAUUUCUUCCCAAAAGUGACAGAAUAUGAAAGGCUUAUUACACGCAAUCCUAUCUUUUUGAAACGAGUUGAGGGAGUAGGCAUUAUUAGUAGAGAAGAAGCAAUAGAUUGGAGUUUAUCAGGACCCAUGCUACGAGCUUCCGGAAUCCAAUGGGAUCUUCGUAAAGUGGAUCAUUAUGAAUGCUACGAUGAAUUGGAUUGGGAAAUCCAAUGGCAAAAAGAAGGAGAUUCGUUAGCUCGUUAUUUGCUUCGAAUCGGGGAAAUGAAAGAAUCUAUCAAAAUAAUCAGACAGGCCCUAGAAGUAAUUCCGGGAGGUCCCUAUGAGAAUUUAGAGGUUCGACGUUUAAAUAAGGGAAAAGAUUCGCAAUGGAACGAUUUCGAAUCUCGAUUUAUCAGUAAAAAACCUUCCCCUACUUUUGAGUUAUCAAAACAAGAACAUUACGUGAGAGUAGAAGCUCCCAAGGGGGAACUAGGAAUUUUUUUUAUAGGAGAUGAUAAUAUUUUUCCCUGGAGAUGGAAAAUUCGACCACCUGGUUUUAUUAAUUUGCAGAUCCCUCCUCAACUGGUUAAAAGGAUGAAAUUAGCCGAUAUCAUGACGAUUUUGGGUAGUAUAGAUAUCAUUAUGGGAGAGGUUGAUCGUUAA